AGGCUGCGCAGGCGCGUCGGGGGUUCAAACCUGGGGUGGGAUUCCAUUGGCUGAGCAGCACUGAGUCGGGAGCCCUGAUUGGCUGAGGAGCCUGAGGCGACACAUUCCGGAAAGGGGAAGAGCAGCCAACAUGGCGGCGGAACGCGGCGCGGGCCAGCAACAGUCGCAGGAGAUGAUGGAGGUUGACAGGCGAGUCGAAUCUGAAGAGUCUGGCGAUGAAGAGGGGAAGAAGCAGAGCGGCGGUAUAGUGGCAGACCUCAGCGAGCACAGCCUGAAGGACGGAGAGGAGCAGGGGGAGGAAGACCCAGAAGGUACCAGGCCGAAAGGACAAGAGCUGCCCGUGGAUAUGGAAACCAUUAACCUGGACAGAGAUGCAGAGGACGUUGAUCUGAACCACUACCGCAUUGGGAAAAUCGAGGGAUUUGAGGUGCUGAAGAAAGUAAAGAGUCUCUGCCUCCGUCAAAAUUUAAUUAAAUGCAUUGAAAAUCUGGAGGAGUUACAGAGUCUUCGAGAGCUGGACCUUUAUGACAACCAAAUCAAGAAGAUUGAGAAUCUGGAGGCGCUAACACAGUUGGAGAUUCUAGAUAUUUCUUUUAAUCUGCUGAGGAGCAUCGAAGGAGUCGACAAGCUGACGCGACUGAAGAAGCUCUUCCUGGUUAACAACAAAAUCAGCAAAAUCGAGAACAUGAGCAGCUUACAGCAGCUGCAGAUGCUGGAGCUGGGGUCCAACCGCAUCCGGGCAAUUGAAAAUAUUGACACGUUAACCAGUUUGGAGAGUUUGUUUUUGGGGAAGAACAAGAUCACUAAACUUCAGAACCUGGACGCACUUACCAACCUGACGGUCCUCAGUAUGCAGAGCAACCGGCUGACCAAGAUGGAAGGUCUGCAGAGCCUGGUGAACCUUCGAGAGCUGUACCUGAGCCACAAUGGCAUCGAGGUCAUCGAGGGCCUGGAGAACAAUAACAAACUCACGAUGUUGGACAUUGCAUCAAACAGAAUCAAAAAGAUUGAAAACGUCAGCCAUCUGACAGAGCUGCAGGAAUUCUGGCUGUGCUGCUGACCCUGCUUACGUCAUCUUAAAAACUCCUCCAGGUUUCCCGACAACACAGGUAGCCUGCUGUGAAAACGACCUUUGCCCCUUACCGAUAGCACUGGGUCUUGGGUCGUGUCAGGUUGUGGUGCCAGAGCAAAUCUGGGGAGACCAGAACCAGAAGUAGAAAGGUGGGAAAAGGGUGUCAGGCUGGAGGCACCGGUGAGCUGCCACGAGCCUGGUGGGUCUAGCGUGCAGCCCACCCCCGAAGGAAGGUGAGGCUGCGGAUAGGCUGGUUGGAUCAGAGCAAAGAGUUUUGGCUCUGGAGAGGUGGGGGAACCACACAGAGAAACCAAACAACCAAACGAGUCCAGUGGCAGGGGACCUGGGUGACAGGGAAAGGGCUCCUGGCAGAACAUUUCAGGAGGUUUGGGAAACCAGCUGAUACUGAAGCAGUGUUUCUGAGAUGUGUGAUUGCUUCUACAUGCCCUGCCAAGGGACAAGAGCAUGGGACAUGGGGUGCUGAGACCACAGGUAGAGGCCAGCUGGGCACCCUGGCCAUCGGGAAGGCAGGCAGGCAGGCUGGCACUUGCCGGAAGGUGGGUAGUGCCCUGCCCUGUAACACACAAAGCAGAUGAAGACAGUCAAAUGAGGCAGAGCCUACAGUGCUUGAUGGUGCCCAGACUGCUUCCUCUUCUGAUCUGCUGAUCAUAGCAACCCUGCGAAGCAGGCGGUAUUAUGCCAUUUUACCACGGAGGAAUUGCAUUUCAGGAAGGGAGGUUGCAAACUGGGAGCUCUCAAACUCUUCUGUGCUCCUAUCACAUGUAGGGUUUGCUUAGCUAUGAGCUGGUCUCCAAGAGAGAAAUAGGAAGCCAGGCUUAAUAAAAUUUUAAUCACCCGAA